AGGAGGAGAAAAAGGAGGAGGAGGAGGUGGGGAUCGACGCAAAAGCAGUCUGCGAACAUUUGCAACACAAUGGGGCGCAGCGAGGAGCUCAGUGAGUUUCAGCGGGGCACUGUGGUAGGAUGCUACCUGUGCAACAAAUCAGUCCGUGAGAUCUCCGCGCUGUUGAGCCUGCCCCGGUCCACUGUCAGCGCCGUGAUUUUAAAGUGGAAACGUGGAGGAAUAACGACGGCUCUGCCCCGGAGCGGCCGACCGCACAAGCUCAAAGAGGAGGAUCGCCAAGUGCUGGAGAGAGUGGCGCUGGAGAAGUGUUUGCCCUCCAUAAAAGCUCUCACCGCCGAGUUUCAGACCGCAUCCGGAGCCAAUGUCAGCUCCACCACUGUCCGCAGGGAGCUUCAUGAGAUGGGUUUCCGAGGCCGAGUGUCCUCAUACGGCAAGCCCAAAGGAGGGCCAAAGGUGGCAAAGAAGCAGGUGGACGUGUCCCGUCUGGACCUGCGCAUUGGACGUGUAGUCGCAGCGCAGCAGCUCCCAGACACUGAUGGACUGUAUGUGGAGCAGAUUGAUGUUGGAGAGGCUUUUCCCAGGACAGUGGUCAGUGAAGUGGCUCACCACAUACCUCUGGAGCAGAUGCAGAAUCGUAUGGUAGUCCUGCUGUGUAACGUGAAGCCAGUGGAGACAAGAGGAAUUGUGAACCAAGCCAUGCUCAUGUGUGCCACCUCGCAAGACAAGCUGGAAAUCCUUGAUCCUCCGAGCGGAGCAGUACCAGGGGACAGAGUGACUUUCCAGGAAUUCCCAGGGGAGCCUGAUAAAGAGCUGAACCCCAAACAGAAGGUGUGGGAACAGGUUCAGCCAGACCUGCGCACAGACGGCCAGUGCGUUGCAACCUACAAAGGAGCUGCCUUUGAAGUUGCUGGAAAGGGAAUGUGCAAAGCUCAAACCAUGUCUGACUGUGAAAUUAAAUAAAUGAUCAGAGCCCCGUGCAAGUUUCUGCAGCCGGACGAGAUCUAAUAUUAUUGUGGAAAGCAUUCCCAGAAUAGUGGAGACUGUUACAGAUGCAUUUCAAUGCCCACUGUUUGGGAGGGACAUAUCCCCCAAAAAAUCACACGGGUGCUAUGCUGGAUGGUCGUGCACUUUUGUGCUAUAAACCAAGUAAAAUCAUCGCAAAGUGCCCUAUGUUGGAUGGACAUGAGAAUUACUUAAAUGUUUUUUUUUUUAAUGGAAAAAAAAUUGUGUAGUUUUGAAUUUGACCAAUGGGGGGCACUAGCAUUCCCCAUGAUCACAUGCAGUAUGUGUCUGCUGGUUAGUUCACAUGGUAGCAUGCACCACACUGGCCACCUCAGCCUGGUGAAAAGAAAAGGAAAAUUCAGAGAGUCCUUUUUUUUUUUUUCCUCCCUUCGGUAAAAUGUUGUUUUCCGUGAAGACUAUAAAGGUCAUUUCUUUUCUGCUAAAGAAGAGAUGAAACAGUUCAGAAAUUCCUUUGAAAAGGGUGGGGUUUUUGUUUUUUCAAUGAUGAAAAUGAGCUGAAAAUCAGUCCAGCAUGAAAGAAACUUUCUACUGAGUCCUAUGUGUUGUUUAGCAAUCCACAAAGUCUGUGAUUUUGUUUCUUGGCAAAUCUGUUAUCUUAAAAACAAUUCAGCUUUUUUUUUUUAUCAGUGGCUUCCUGAAGUUUAAAAACACUGUGGUACUUCUGAAUCUUUGAUUUGGACGUAAAAGUGUUUUUACAGUAUCGUCAAAUUUUGUAUGUCACCACUUUGCUGUUGUGUUUCACUGGUGGAUGCUCAU